CGUUGCAUUAACUUCAGCAGACUGAGAUCCACACAAACGCACAGAACGUGACGCGGGCAGAGAGAGAAGAGACUUGUUGAAACAGAAGCGCUCACAUCGAGGCGUUGACCCGAGCGGUGACCUGUGAGACUGUCCCUCUCCAGUGCGCCUGGACCUGGAGGUGUUUGAGGGUCUGUUUGCUUGGCUUUGGACGAACUAAGACAGACACUUCUCUUUGAGUAGGACAGAGCACCAUAAAGAGCAAGAAAGACGUCGGCCUGUCGUCCCCCAGCCGCGUCCUCGCUUGGUGUUGCAUUGCAUUUGAUUCUUCGCUUGGGCUCCUGUCCUAACAAUGGCUGCUGUGCGUCAGAUGGUCAUGGAGGCCUCCGGCUUCCACGUCCUGCCGGCCCACCUCAUGGCCUCGGCCAUGGAGGAGUUCCCCCAGCAGCUGCCCGUCCCCAAAGGCCCAGCGAGGGGCAAGAGCCGCUCCCGCCGACCUCGCGAGGCCCGCUUCAAAACGCAGCCGGUGACCUUCGCUGAGAUCGCGGAGGUGGAGGAGGAGGGUUCCUCACCGCUGGAGGAGGAGAGGGCGCGCCGGUCCUUCCUGCAGUCCCUGGAGAACUUGCGGCGGAGCACGCAGGCCCUCCACUGCCCGCCAGCCGCCCAGCACGGCUGCAACCCCGCGCCUACGCAGGCCAGCCUGGACUCCAGCGACUCCGACUCCACCCAGUGAGGGUCGUAGGACAGGCCCGUCCGCCGCCACCCGCGCUCCCGGCUUCGCUUUCGACGCCGCUCCCAACCCGCCUGAGCUGAACCAGGCCGGCCUGCCUGCCUGUGUGUGUGAGCUGCUGCUGUCAUUUGCAUUUAAUACUAACAUGUCGACGUACGGGGCGUAGCUUGAAGACGCACGGGCCGGUUGUACUGCUGUAUAGAUGCGAUGAGUGGGGAAAGUAUCAGAUGCCGCUGCGUCCAACACAGUCUUCAAAUGUAUUCCUUUUCUACGGUACACGUCAAUGAGGAGAGCUUGAAUGAUGAAAGUCGGUUGAUAUUUUUCCAUUUUAAAGUUGUGUCCAUAUUAUUGGUUCAAUCCAGAUUUUUCUACUUGAGCUGCCACCAUAGAAAGGACUGUUGAAUUGAUAUUUUGAUGAACCACACUGUAAAUUCUUUGACCGAGCGACGGAAGUGACCUGGCAGUCACUGAAGCAGUAGAGUAUCGUUGUGUUUGCUGAGCUCUCCUUUCCCAGCUGAAAUCUCCUGCUUCAAUUCCUGAGAAAAUCAAAAUGCCUUUCUAAAUGUCUUUAUUUAUUCUCUUAUUCUUGUUCAUAACCAAGUGGAGUUGUAGAUGUGAUAUUUUAUUGCUCUUUCUGACUUCUGACGAGUCAACUUGACUUGAAAACAAUAUCAUAAACUUUAUACUUUAUUGUUAAACUUUAUACAUAUAUAUUACAAUGUUCGCUACAUGUACUUUAAUAAAUAUUUUCAAGUAUUUUGA